GAGCAGGCUAGUACAGGCACAGGCACACACAGGAAGAGCAGCGCAGAGGAAAUAUCGCAGUGCGUUGUUAAUACCUUGCACUAUUUUCCUCACCCCCUCUCUUUUUUUGAAGACGACAAGUUGAAUCCACUUUCCGGAUUCCAUGCGCCGCACAAAGGAGCCGGCGGAUCGGCAAGCGAGCGGAUCGCUUCACUCGCCCGGCAACCCCCGAACUUGGAGCUAAACAACCCGGUGGCACCUCCCGGCGGGGUGGCGUAGCGCUCGUACGACUCGGUCAGGAUGACACAUUUGGCCGCCGCCUGCGGAGGGUAACGGACGGAGCUGGCGUUGAUUGAACCCAAAUGGCUCGUGUAGCGAGCGGUCAAAUUGAGCGCAACCGUGUGAAAAUCGUGCCUUGCUGGACCAUGCCAAAGUUUUGAGUCGGCGCCGCCAUGCUGAGCCUGCAGGAUUCGGUCUUCUUUGAGAUCAGCAUCAAAUCUCUGCUCAAGUCGUGGAGCAGCAGCUCUUCCGCGCCGGUCAGCAGCAGCAGCGUGAGUAGACGGCGCGCCCCCCCCUCGACGACUCCCCUGUGGGAAAAACACAACUUCGCGGCCAUGUCCAUUAUCACCAUCGACCCCGAGCUCAAGCCCGGGGAGUUCGUCAUCAAGAGCCUGUUCGCCGAGUUCGCCGUGCUGGCCGAGAAGAAGAUCGAGAUGGUGAUGGCCGAACCGCUGGAGAAACCUCUUUCCCGCUCCCUCCAGAGAGGGGAGGAUGCACAGUUUGACCAGUUAAUAAGCUCUAUGAGCUCCAUAGCCGAACACUGUUUGCCCUCCCUGCUGCGUACGCUCUUCGACUGGUACCGGCGCCAAAGCGGCACCGAAGACGAGUCAUACGAGUACAGGCCUCGUUCCAGCACAAAGUCCAAAGGAGAUGAGCAGCACCGAGAUAAAGACUACCUUCUGGAGAGGAGGGAUUUAGCCAUAGAUUUCAUGUUUUGCCUGGUGUCGGUGGAAGUUCUCAAACGGAUUCCUCUUCACCCAGUGCCGGACGCUUUAGUACACGAAGUUCUAAACCUGGCAUUUAAGCACUUUAAACAUAAAGAGGGAUACUGUGGCCCCAACACAGGCAACGUACACAUCAUCGCAGACUUGUACGCAGAGGUCAUUGGAGUUCUCACACAGUCAAAGUUUUUAGCUGUGACGAAAAAGUUCAACACUGAACUGGAUGAGCUCCGGAAAAAAGAGCAGAGUCCCUACAUCGUGCAGUGCAUCAUCAGUCUCAUCAUGGGCAUGAAAUUCUUCCGGGUCAAAAUGUACCCCGUGGAGGAUUUCGAGGCGUCCUUUCUCUUCAUGCAGGAGUGUGCCCAGUACUUCCUGGAAGUCAAGGACAAGGACAUAAAACACGCCCUCGCCGGCCUCUUUGUGGAGAUUCUGAUCCCAGUUGCGGCCGCGGUGAAGAAUGAAGUCAACGUGCCGUGCCUGAAGAACUUUGUGGAGAAGCUGUACCAGACCACCUUUGACCUUAGCUCCAGAAAGAAGCACUCUUUGGCCCUGUACCCCUUGGUGACCUGCUUACUGUGCGUCAGCCAGAAACAGUUCUUCCUCAACAACUGGCACAUCUUCCUGCAAAACUGCCUCUCGCACCUCAAGAACAAAGACCCCAAAAUGUCCCGAGUGGCUCUGGAGUCACUUUACAGGCUGCUGUGGGUGUACAUUAUCAGGAUCAAGUGUGAGAGCAACACUGUCACGCAGAGUCGACUACUCAGCAUCGUUUCAGCACUUUUCCCCAAAGGCUCCCGCAGUGUGGUGCCACGGGACACGCCCCUCAACAUAUUUGUCCGAAUCAUCCAGUUCAUUGCUCAGGAAAGACUGGACUUUGCCAUGAAGGAGAUCAUCUACGACCUCCUAUGCGUGGGCAAGUUUCACAAAACCUUCACCAUCAAUCCCGAGAGGAUGAAUAUCGGCCUGCGAGCCUUCCUGGUGAUUGCCAACAGCCUGCAGCAGAAGGACAGUGAGCCCCCCAUGCCCACCACCAGCAUCAUCAUGCCCUCGGGGAACACCCUGCGCGUUAAAAAGAUUUUCCUCAACACCACGCUCACUGACGAAGAGGCCAAGGUCAUAGGCAUGUCCCUGUACUACCCGCAAGUGAGGAAGGCCUUGGAUAACAUCCUGAGACACUUGGAUAAGGAGGUGGGACGCUCCAUGAGCAUGACCAGCGUCCAAAUGUCCAACAAGGAGCCAGAGGAUAUGAUCACAGGCGAAAGGAAACCCAAGAUCGAUCUGUUCCGCACCUGCGUCGCUGCCAUUCCCCGACUGAUACCGGACGGCAUGAGCAGACAAGAUCUCAUCGAGCUCCUUGCCAAGCUGACCAUCCACAUGGACGAGGAGCUCCGCGGCUUGGCCUUCACCUCCCUCCAAGCCCUCAUGGUGGACUUCCCGGAGUGGCGCGAGGAUGUACUGUCGGGUUUCGUCUACUUUAUCAUGCGCGAGGUGACGGACGUGCACCCCACGCUGUUGGACAACUCGGUCAAGAUGCUCCUGCAGCUUAUAAGUCAGUGGAGGCAGGUGGCGCAAAGCAGCAACAGGAGCCACGAUGUGCAGAGUUCGAGCAGCAGCCAUUCUCUUUGUUUGGAGCGUUCGUUGCUGGGCGUGCUUCAUGUGGUCGAAGGUUUGGCAAUGGUGGUGCUCUGCAGCUGUCGCCCUGCCACGCGCAGGCUGGCCGUCAACGUCCUGAAGGAGGUCCGCGCGCUGCACACUGCCCUGGGCAUCGGCAAGGGUGAUGAGGAGCUGGCAAUAGAUGUCAUGGAUAGGCUGAGUGCCUCGGUGUUGGAGAGCUUCAUUCAUCUCACUGGUGCCGAUCAGACCAACCUGCUGUACUGUCCCAGCGGCAUCGACCUCCAGUCGCUGGCCGAAUGGAGCUCGUCUCCCAUCAGCCACCAGUUUGACGUGGUGAGCCCGUCGCACAUCUGGGUGUUUGCGCACGUCACGCAGGGCCAGGACCCCUGGGUCAUCAGCUUGUCCAGCUACCUGCGCCAGGAGAACCUGCCCAAGCAUUGCCCCGCCGCUCUCAACUACGCCUGGAUGUUUGCCUACACCCGCUUGCAGCUGCUCUCUCCUCAAGUUGACAUCAACAGCCCCAUCAACGCCAAGAAAGUGAACAGCCUGAGCAGCAGCGACUCCUACGUCAGCCUCUGGCGGAAUUACCUGAUCCUGUGCUGCAGCGCGGCUUCCUCGUCCUCGUCGCUGGCGUGCUCCUCCUCGUCCGCCUCGGGCUCCGUCCGCUGUUCCCCGUCCGAGACGCUGGCGUCAACGCCGGACAGUGGCUACAGCUACGAUUCCAAGAUUGUGGGCACUCCAUCCCCUUCCUCACUGUUCAAACACAUUGUUCCGAUGAUGCGCUCCGAGAAUAUGGAUAUCACAGAAUCUCUCGUGCUGGGACUUGGCAGGACCAACCCUGUGGCCUUCAGAGAGUUGUUAGAGGAGCUCAAUCCCAUCAUCAAAGAAGCUCUGGAAAGAAGACCUGAAAACGUGAAGCGACGCCGGCGCCGCGACAUCCUCAGGGUCCAGCUGGUCCGGAUUUUUGAGCUUCUGGCUGACGCCGGCGUCGUCAGUCAAAUAGCUAGUGGGGGCUUAGAUGGCGACAGUCACUCUCUAAACAACACGCUGCUCGAGUACGUGGACCUGACCCGGCAGCUGCUGGAGGCGGAAAACGACAAGGACUCGGACACGCUGAAGGACAUCCGUUGUCACUUCAGCGCGCUUGUGGCAAACAUCAUCCAGAAUGUUCCAGUGCACCAGCGUCGGAGCAUCUUCCCACAGCAGUCGCUGCGACACAGCCUCUUCAUGCUCUUCAGCCACUGGGCCGGGCCCUUCAGCAUCAUGUUCACGCCGCUGGACCGCUACAGCGACCGCAACAUGCAGAUCAACCGCCAUCAAUACUGUGCAUUAAAAGCCAUGUCUGCUGUGUUGUGUUGCGGGCCCGUCGCCGACAACGUCGGCCUCUCCUCUGAUGGUUACCUCUACAAGUGGCUGGACAACAUUCUGGAUUCCCAGGAUAAGAAGGUUCACCAGUUGGGCUGUGAGGCGGUGAUGCUGCUGCUGGAGUUGAACCCGGACCAGAGCAACUUGAUGUUCUGGGCUGUGGACCGCUGCUACACGGGCUCCCGCCGCGUGGCCGCCGGCUGCUUCCGGGCCAUCGCCAACGUCUUUCAUAACAGGGAUUAUCAGUUCGACACUGUGGUGCUGCUGAACCUGAUUCUCUUCAAGGCGGCCGACUCCUCCAGGGAGAUCUACGAGGUGGCCAUGCAACUGUUACAGAUCCUGGAACCCAAGUUUUUCCGUUAUGCCCAUAAAUUGGAGAUCCUUCGGACGGACGGCAUCUUGACGCCGCCCUCGCCUCUGCCGCACCUCUACUCCGUGUCGUACUACCAGCUCUCCGAGGAGCUGGCCAGGACGUACCCAGAACUCACGCUGCCCAUCUUCGCAGAGGUGAGCCAGCGAAUCCAAACGGCGCACCCCGGCGGUCGCCAGGUGAUGUUGCACUACCUACUGCCCUGGAUGAACAACGUGGAGCUGGUGGACUUCAAGCCCGUCGCGCGGCGCCCAGAGGACGCCGGCAGCAGCGAGGAGGACGAAGAAGUGCCAGAGGGCGACGUUAUGAUGGUCAACAGCCGGCGCUGGCUGCACGGGGAAGGAUGGGGCUCGCCACGGGCCACCACCAUGGUGCUCAACAACCUCAUGUUCAUGACGGCCAAGUACGGGGACGAGUUUGCCUGGUCGGAGAUCGAGAACGUGUGGACCACUUUAGCUGACAGCUGGCCGAAGAACCUCAAAAUAAUCCUGCACUUCCUCAUCAGCAUGUCCGGAGUCAGCAGCGAGCCCAGCCUCCUGCCUUACGUGAAGCGAGUGGUGGUGUACCUGGGCCGAGACAAGACCAUGCAGCUGCUGGAGGAGUUGAUGAGCGAGCUGGAGUUGACAGACGCCGUCAGCUCGGCCGUCGCCCACAUGGACAACCCGCCGUUCUACCGCAUCAGCUCCAGCUACAAGAUCCCUUCGGUCGCCUCGGGUACGACGUCCAGCAGCAACACCAUGGUGCCCGGACAUGACGCUCAUCACGACGGCAAGGGCAAAGAUUCCAACAUGGAGGACAGCGGUUACACACACCUCGACAUCUACGGCGGUCUGAACACCAACCUGAACCGCCAGCACCACCGCCUGGAGUCCCGUUACAGUAGCAGCUCGGGAGGUUCCUACGAAGAAGAGAAAAGCGACUCCAUGCCGCUUUAUGCUAACUGGCGCUUGAAAGUGAUGGAUCACAACCGCCCGGAGCCUUUGCCCUUCCCCCCGACGGGCGGCUGCUGGUCCCCGCUGGUGGAUUACCUGCCGGAGACCAACACCCCCGCUGUGGCACUGCACAGGUGUAACAUCGCCGUCAUCCUUCUAACCGACCUUAUAGUGGACCACGGCGUCAAAGUGGAGUGGAAUGCCUAUUUGCAUCUCUUGCUGCAUGCCGUUUUUAUCGGGUUCGACCAUCAGCACCCGGAGGUGUACGAGCACUGCAAGCGCCUCCUGCUGCACUUGCUCAUCGUGCAGGGAGCCAACAGCAGCGUUCAAGGCAUGGCCAUGGUCCUGCUUCGCAACAGGGAGUUCAACGACCCCAGGGUGCUCACUGUCAAGCCCCCGCCGCCCGAGUUCCACUUCACAGGCGUCCAAGAGUUGCUGCCCGACUGUCAGCCGUCUCCGGUGACGGACUCGGGCCUCAGUUCCAGCUCCACGUCGUCCAGCAUCAGCCUGGGUGCCGGCGGCUCGUCCCUGUCCCACCUGUCGCACCUGUCCCACACGUCACCGUCCAUCCUCAGCGAGGUGGACGCCACGGCCGAGAAGGACGAGAAGGUCAAAGCGCUCAUCGAGUUCAUCACCUCCAGGAAGCGCGGGCCACUCUGGAACCACGAGGACGUGUCGCCCAAAAACCCCAACAUCAAGAGCGCCGAGCAGCUGAGCGUGUUUGUCCGACAUGUCAUGAAUGUAUUCAAACUUUCCCAGCCAGGUUUUCAGCUCGACUCUCUGCUGAGCGACGUAGCCCUGCAGACGGCUCUGUCGUGCUCCUCCCGCCACUACGCCGGACGCUCCUUCCAGAUAUUCCGGGCGCUCAAGCAGCCGCUCACUCCCGCCACCUUGUCCGACAUCCUCUCCAGACUGGUUGAGACUGUGGGGGACCCUGGAGAGGAGGCUCAGGGUUUUGUCAUCGAACUUCUUCUCACACUGGAAUCUGGCAUCGACACACUGGCAGACACGGUCAAAAACUACGACCUCCUCACCGCCCUAGUGCAAACCUCCACUAGUGAUCAUCUGCUGGGGCCCAAAUUUGCGGCCAACAGGAAGAGCACGGGCCAGCUGAACCUGAGCAGCGGCGGGGUGUUCCACUGCGUCCAUAAUCGUAGCAACUCCUUGCGGACCAGCCUGAUGGGCGAGCGCAGGGCGGACCGGCGGCGCAGUAACACCCUGGACGUGGCCGACCGCCUCGUGGGCAGCCACGGCAACCUGGCCCGCACCCGCAGCUUAUCGGCGCUGGGCGGCGGGGGCCCGGGUGGCAACGGCGGCCCGGGCCGUGACGCCGAACCCCCGGUGGACCCCACCAACCUCAUGGCCACGGUGUUCUGGAUCGCCGCUUCGCUGCUGGAGUCGGACUACGAGUUUGAGUACCUGCUGGCGCUGCGGCUGCUCAACAAGCUGCUGGGCCAGUUGCCUCUGGAGCGGGAGGACAACAGGGAGCAUCUGGAGAGGAUCCAGGCCAAGCUCAAGUGGUACAGCUUCCCGGGGCUGCUGCAGCUUUUCCUCAAGGGCUUCACCUCCACCGCCACCCAGGAGCUCACCAUCCAGCUGCUCAGCAAGCUCAUCAGCGUCUCCAGGCACGCGCUGGUCGACCCUUCGCAACUGGCAGGUUUCCCGCUGAACAUCCUGUGCCUGCUGCCGCACCUCAUCCAGCACUUUGACAGCCCCACGGCCUUCUGCAAGGAGACGGCGGACAAGAUCGCCAAGCUGUGCGCCGACGACAAGUCGGCCACGCUCUGCAACCUGGCCCACAUGAUGAGCCUGUACAGCACGCACAGCUACUCGCGCGACUGCGCCAACUGGAUCAACGUGGUGUGCCGCUACGUGAACGACGCCUUCGCCGACAUCACCCUCAAUUUGGUCACCUAUUUGGCCGAGCUGCUGGAGAAGGGCCUUCCCGCCAUGCAGCAGUCCUUGCUGCAGAUCAUCUACAGCCUGCUGAGUCACAUCGACCUCUCGGCUGCCCCGGUUAAGCAGUUCAACCUGGAGAUAAUGAAGAUCAUCGGCAAAUAUGUCCAGAGCGCUCACUGGAAGGAGGCGCAGAAUAUUCUGAAGCUGGUGGUGUCCCGCUCGGCCAGCCUGGUGGUGCCCGACGACGUGCAACGCUCGUACAGCAGCGAGUCGUGCGGCUCGCCGGAAAUCGCUUUCACGCGCAUCUUCAACAACUCCUCCAAGGAGCUGCCCGGGAAGACGCUGGACUUCCACUUUGACAUCUCAGAGACGCCCAUCAUCGGACAUAAGUAUGGCGAUCAACGCACGGCGGCCGGACGUAACGGGAAACUUCAGAUGAACGCCGUCACAAGGAGUACGUCCUCCACAUCCUCCGGAUCCAAUUCCAACGGUCUGGUGCCGGUUAGCUGGAAGAGGCCGCAACUGUCUCAGAGAAGAACCAGAGAGAGACUUAUGAACGUUCUGUGUCUGUGCGGUCCAGACACUGGCAUUCCCAAAAAUCCAUCAGUGGUCUUCUCAUCCAGCGAGGACCUGGACUCGGUGGACCAGCAGACCAGUCUGAUCCCGACCGUGGAGGAGGCGGUACGAGAGGAGGAAUCACAGGCGGAGGAGAUGGGCAGUGAGCAGCAGUUUGGCGUCUUUAAGGACUUUGACUUCUUAGAUAUUGAGCUGGAGGACGCCGAGGGGGAGAGCAUGGACAACUUCAACUGGGGUGUCCGGCGGCGCUCCCUCGAGAGCAUGGACAAGGGGGACACGCCGUCUCUGCAGGAGUGCCAGUACGCCGGCAGCACGCCCAGCCUCAACCUCACCAACCACGAGGACACGGACGAGUCGUCCGAGGAGGAGGUACUGAGCGUUAGCCAGAUUCUCAACCGCUCUGGCCGCCUCAACAGCGACUCGGCCACGGACGACACAACGUCCAACCACGUGGACUCCCUGCAGCAGUCCCAGGAGUCGUCGGGCGGCGCCCCGGUGGACGAGGCCUCGGCCCUGGCGCUCCUCCGCCGUGCGGCCCCCUUCCCACGUCCGGAUAGCCCCCCUUUGGAGACGGCCCGCUCAGACAGCACCAGCAGCCAGCUGCCUGAGGACGGCGUCGGCGUGACCACGGCGGCCGACGAGCUGAGCAGCAGCAUCAGCGAGGACACGGGCUUUGGCAGCGCCCCCCCUCUGCCCCCCGAUCGCCCGGACCUGUGCGAGCUCCCGGACCCCCGCGGGUCACCGGAGCCUCAAGAGGACCUGGCCCCCCCUCCGCCGCUGGCCAUAGACACUCCGCCGGGGUCUCUCUGUGAGGAGGAACCCCAAACGGUCCUACCCCUGUACCGUCCGGCGGAAGCGGUGACCAAGCCGGACCUCGACCCGGACCUCGACCCAGACCCGGAUCCGGACAGCACCUGUGGCUCCGUAUGGGAGGAGGAUGUCACUCAGGCCUUGAAGGAGCUGGACGAGCGCUGCGAGGAGGAAGAGGCCGACUUCUCCGGCAUGUCCAGUCAAGAUGAAGGUGAGGCAGACUGCUUCCCCGAAAGCCAGGCCUCGCCGCCCCCGUCGCCCUUCCUCUCGGCCAUCCUGGCGGCGUUCCAGCCCGUCGCUUAUGACGACAAGGAGGACGCCUGGCGUUGCCACGUCAACCAAAUGCUGUCAGACGUCGACGGAUCUUCCGCCGUCUACACCUUCCACGUCUUUUCGCAGCUCUUUCAGAGCAUUCAGAGGAAAUUCGGUGCCAUCACGCACGCGUCGGUCCACUUCCUUGGCGAGAAGCUCCAGCGCAUGGGCAAUCAGUUCCUCAGCUCCCUGGAGGUCAUGACGUCGCACUCGCGGUGCCCUACCGUGCUGCUGGAUGCUGAGACGCUGGUGUCGUGCGGGCUGCUAGAGACGCUCAAAUUUAGCGUGCUGGAGCUGCAGGAGCAUCUGGACACAUACAACGCCAAGAGGGAGGCGGCGGAGCUCUGGCUGGAGAACUGCAGGAAAACCUUCGGGGACAAACAGAUCUGCCAGCGGCUCAACACCCAAGCACAGGAGCUGGAAUUGUGCCGCCGUCUCUACAAGCUGCACUUUCAACUGCUGCUGCUCUUCCAGGCCUACUGCAAGCUCAUCAGCAGAGUGGAUACCAUCAAGAGGGAGGCCGAGGUGACCAACAUGUCGGACGAGCUCAGCGCCCUGGAGAGCUGCCUGAAGGCGGCCGAGAGGGGAAAUGACAGCCAAGAGGACGUGUGCAUGCCGGACGCCGCGCACGCCAACACCGAGUCGGCCAUCCAGUCGCUGGUCGAGACGCUGAGAGCGCGAGAUUUCUGCUCAGCCCUCACCCAAGUCAAAGUCUUCAGGUCACUGUGGCCCAACGACAUCUUCGGCAGCGAGGGCGAGGACCCCGUGCAGACGCUGCUGCACAUCUACUUCCGCCACCAGACGCUGGGCCAGACGGGCUGCCUGGCCGUGGUGGGCCCCAGCCGGGACCUCUCCCAGGCCAGCGGACGCCUCAUGGAGCUCAACUUGCAGAUCCGAGAGGCGCUGAGUCGGGCGCAGGCUCCCGGCGAAGGAACGCCGUGAGCGGCGGGAGACUCGGCGCACAAAAGGGCUAGCUACUUAAAGGAUGCGCGGGGAUAAGAGACUUCUUCAUGUCGGAGGGUCGCUUGAAGCUAAGACAUUCCUCGGCAAAGGUUCGGGAAACUGGGCUUCGGGGUGAAAUUUCAGGGCCCGAUACAUUUUCCGCAAAGUCUACUUCUGUGCCUUACUGUAAGUCUUCCAGUACCUCUGAUAACACUAUUAGCUCAGUGGCCACUGAGCCUUGAGUAGCACAGUAACAUCGGCAAACAUAGUGCAAGAGUCACAGAAAGGCAGAAGUGAAAUCCUUGGAAAAUCUCAUGGCGCUAAGACUUGGGGAAAAAAAAAGUUGUGCUCAAGUAGGGAAACAUCGACAGCAAGUUGACCUGGAAAGGUUCGAGAGCAUUUUUUUUUUUUUUUAGAUUCCCAAAACGUCACCCCAAAGCCCAAAAUUCCAACCUUUUUUUUUUUUGAGUAGUGCAUCUUCCCCACCAAAACCUCAUGCAAGAUUCCGUUUGCAAUAAGACACACGCCAGCGUGCCUGGCAAAGCAGUGGGAUGAUAGAUUUUGGUUUUAUUUUGUGCUUUUUUUUUUUUUUUUUUUUUUUUUUUUUGUCCUACCCUGCACGCCAAUCGAUAACGCGUUCAUAAGCAAAGAAAAAAAAAAGCAUGCUUGGAAAAAAAAAAUAGAUGAAAAGCAGAGUAUUUUUUGGGGGAGAAAUGUAUUUUUUAUGAUUCAGAGCUGAACCUCCUCGGUUGUAAAUGUUGGGCUAUUUAACGCGCGAGCGCCUGUGGGGAAAUCCUCAGGGAAGUCAGUUGUAAAAAGAGAAACGUAUAUAGAGAUCUGAAUAUAUCUGCCCCCACCCCCCCCUCAACGGCUAUUAAUCACCCUUUUAACCAAAUAAGCAGCUGCCUUUAGAGGUUGUGACGCAUAGAUAUACACGCGGACACGACUCGUAACUUAUUUUACUCUGUAUAUAUUUUAGAACAUGUCAAAGCAGUUUUUUUUUUUUUGGUCCUCCUUCCUUGUACUCUAAUGCACUGCAGAGGACGCCAUGCUCAUGUGAUGAGUCAUUCAUAACCCAAACUUUGUUUUUUCGAAUUCCACGCUGGGAUGAACUGCCUUUUUUUUUGUGAUGUCACAGCAGAGAGAAGGAAAAGAGGUGUGGGCUGGACUGUAGCAUCCAUAUCCCACCUCACAUUUCUUCAACCUCGGAAUCCAAAGAUGGAGAUGUUUUCCAUUUGUCCGCCAAGCAAGUAGAACAUUUCUCCCCUGUCGGUCACUGCUUGUCUGGUACAUUCUGAAUGCUGUUUAUUAUUUAAAAACUUUUUUUUCUUCACAUGGGAGAGCUUUGAUUUUAGAGGCACAUUUUUUGGGGAGGUUUUGUUCACUCACAUUACCAGCCUUCUCUCUGGAUGAAUAAAGAUCUAAUCAUACAUUCA